AUGUUUCGUGGAAGUUGGAUUAUUAUUGUGACGCUUUUCGCAUCCCAUCUUAACUUGGCCGCUAGUAGCGGUAACGUGCCGGAAACUGUAGCCAUUCCUAAUGGUUGCCUAAAUGGAGCGUACAAUAAGGCGGGAACGUGUGUUUGCAACCCGGGCUUUCGUGAAUACCAGGGCAACUGCGUACGAGCAUCCAAUGCUCGAUCGAUCUGUCCACCAGGUUCGGUGAUGUGGAAUGGCAUUUGUAGAUCACAAAUUCUACCUCCGAUUCAGGACGUAGUUCCGGCCCAGGAAACGUACAUUGUCGUUCCUCCGUUGCGUGUUACGCUACCCAUUCCUCAGCAGCCGGAUCCACUCGAUCCGACCGACACGGAGGAAUCGUUUCCGGAUGAUGAGGAUGGCGAAGAGACAGGAGAUCCGGUGUAUACGCCACCGAUCCGAGAGCAAGACUUCAACAUCACCUACAAGCAAAUCGUCAACAAUCACAAUGUAAUUCACAAUGAAACAGUUCACAAUACGCACAACGUUAACAACGUGAUAGUUACCAUAAGUCGAAAAAAUUUAAACGGAGCUUUCAGAACGGUCGUGAUAAGAAACAAUGUAACAACCGUACACGAAGAACCACCGCGUGAGAAACAAUCUAACGAGACGGAUGUUUCUGGAAGUGAGGACUGCACGGAAAAGCCAACCACAACUACCGAAGAGCCAUCCGUCCAGAAUCUGCCCUGCUGUACGAUCGUUUCGCCAAGAGUUUGCCAGAAGCAGACGGACGAGUGGGUUUGCUUCCAUCGCAAGCAGUACGUCUGUAGUAAGGUUUGCACCGCGAAGGUAAUGUACUUAAGACCGAGGAAACCACGCUACCGACAUCCCUGGUUGAUAAUGCCACCUAUGACGAACUACUACGCCUACCGUGAUCGCUGCCAAAAGGGACAGUGUCCACCACCAGAUUGUUCCGGUUGUCUGCGAGGCCGAACUCGUUGCCAUCCGAUGUGCUACACGUACGACUGCAUGAAGGAUAAUAGCUGUACCUACAUCGAUCAGGAGCUGAUCUGUGGGGAGAAGUCGGGUCAGAUAUGUGCUUUGCUGGAGGAUCAAACGAUCAAUCUGCUGGUGCCACAAAACCAAACAAAACCUCUUCUUUAA